AUGUCAUUGAAAAAGGCAAUCUGCUCCUUUCUUUCUGACCACUCAUUAAGUCCAACGCAAAUACGUGGGCAAGGUUAUGAUGGGGCUAGUAACAUGCAGGGAGAGCUAAAUGGUGUUAAGACUUUGAUUAUGAAUGAGUUUCCAUUAGCAUAUUACAUUCACUGUUUUGCUCACCAAUUACAAUUAACACUUGUGGCUCUUGCAAAGAAGCAUUCAGAUGUAGAUGACUUUUUUUGUAUAGUUGCUAAUGUCUUAAAUAUUGUUGGAGCAUCUUUUAAGCUCAGGGAUUUGCUUCGAGAACAUCAAGUUGAAAAGUUAGAGGAGUUACUCAAAUCAGGUGAAGUGCAUACUGGACGAGGAUUAAAUCAAGAACGUGGGCUUCAACGACCAGGUGAUACUCAUUGGGGUUCUCAUUAUAAAACAUUGGAUAACCUUAUUGUCCUAUUUCCAUCAAUUAUUCAUGUUCUUGAAUUUACUGCACGUGAGUGUCCAAACUAUGCCGAUAAAAUUAUUGUUGAAAGUCUUAUGGAUUUACAUUUUCAAGAGCUUAACCGUCGCUUUGAUGCUGUGAGUACUGACUUACUCCAAGGUAUGGCUAGUUUAAACCCAGUUAAUUCAUUUGGUAAUAUUGAUAAGAACGGGUUAAUGAGGUUGGCUGAAUAUUAUCCGAAUGAGUUUGAUAGCAGCAAGCUUCGAGAUCUUAGUUGUCAGCUUGAUAGUUUUAUAGUUAAUGCCCGUGGUGUUGACAAAAGGUUCUUUGGCAUGAAGGGAAUUAGUGGCCUUGCUAAAGUGUUGGUUAAGUCAAAUCUGCAUCAAACUUGGCCGCUUGUUUAUUUGCUUAUUAAGUUAACUCUCAUUCUUCAUGUUGCUACAGCUUCUGUGGAACGAGCUUUCUCAUCCAUGAACUACAUCAAAAAUGAACUUUGUAACAACAUCGGUGAUGAAUUUUUAAAUAAUUAUUUAAUUUGCUAUGUAAAGCGUAAGAUAUUUUCAAGUAUCAGCAAUGAUGUUAUUAUUCAUCGUUUUCAACAUAUGAAAAGUAAUCGAGCACAAUUGUGA